AUGUCCCAAGUCACGGAUGGGCUGGGUCGACCGGCGCAAUACCGGCAGGCAUCGCGCAAGGGCAAAAAGGCAUGGCGCAAAAACAUCGACUUGAUUGCGACAGAAGCCGCGCUCGAGGAUCUGCGGGAGCAGGAACGAGCGGAAGGCGUUCCCGCUCACAAGCGAUCCAACGCCGAGCUCUUUAUGGAAGACCGGUCCGGACAGGAAACGACGCUGGCGCGGCAGGCACGCGAGAAGCGCAAACUCAAAUCUCAAGAAAUUCUCGCGCACCGCAGUGCCGUGCCGGCCAUGCAGCAAAAGGCGCGCUCGUCGUUCCAGUUGCCUGACGACUCGUCUGCGGCCAAAGCCGCCGCCGCAGGUCUACCGCCCAAGUUCAAGAAGCGGCUGCGUAUGCUGGCGUCGCGGCCGCAUGAGGGUGUUGAGGGAGAGACAGAGCGUGGUCGUGCGGGGCGGCUGCAAAGUGAUGCUGUUCUGGCAGAGAAGCAUGACCUGUGGGGCGAGGCGCCCAAGACGCGGCAGAAUGACUGGAUCGCACCUGCCGCCAAAGAUCCAGUGCAUCGCCCGCGAUCCAUGCAGCAUGAACCGUAUGCGGCCGCGCGCUCGAUGCCUGCCGUGUCUGUACCGCACCCUGGCACGUCAUACAACCCCGACUUUGACAGCCACGAGGCGCUAGUCCAGACGGCGUACGAGAAGGCCAUGGCGGCUGAGCUGGAUGAGCAACAGGCGCAAGAACUUCAUGCAAAAUGGAAGGGCGUCACACAAGGUGUGCCUCUUCCUCUUGAUCUGCCUCUGGAUGUGCCCGAGGAAGGCGGCGAGGACGGCGAGGACGACGAGGAGGUCCAGGACGAAGGAGCUGCUCCCAAGAUGCCUGCCCGCAAGACGGCCGCCCAGCGCCGACGCGAAGCACGCGCCAAGGAGCAAUAUACGCUGGCUCAGCAGCGCCGCAAGGAGCGUCGAAUCCAGGGCAUGAUAUCUGAGCUGCCGAACCAGAUGAAGCAGGCGAAGCGGGACGCCCAGACCCGUGCCGAACUGGUGCAGCAGCGGCGGCAGCAAAAGGAGGAGCGACUCCAGAGCCAGGGCAUAGCUGGCACACGUAUCGGCAAGUACGCUGUGCCGUCGCAGCGUGUUGACGUGCAGACGGGCGACGAGCUGAGCGACAGUUUGCGGCGACUCAGGCCGGAGGGCAACCUGUUCUGGGACCGCUUCCAAAGCCUCCAAGCUCGUGGCUUGGCCGAGGCCCGGAAACCUGUGCUACCGAUGCGCCAGCGACGCAAGCUCAAGACGUACGACCGACACUCGUUCAAGCGUGAUUGA